AUGGCACCAGGUGAUCCUGUUCAAGCAUUGAGGUAUAUACAAGUUCAACUUAAGCUCUACACCCUCAUAUUGCUUUUUUUCAUUCAACACGCCUCAUCUUUCGAAGUCCCAAAGGCUAAUUCGAUGGUCGACCGGUGCAGCGAAAUCGCUCCCACCGGCAGAGGAAACCGGAGAGGCCGACAGAGUUCGGAAAGCUCGACUUCGAGCAGCGACCCCCUCGAAAAUCUAGUGAAUCCUGAAACUCUUGCUAAUGGAGGAGGUGAACUGAUGACGCCCGCUAUCGCCCGUGAACUGGACAAGAAAAAGAAGAAAGAUGACGAAGACGACAAAGGCAGCCUACAGAUCAAGAUUCAUCUUGAUCUCCACGCCAAAAUCAGACUGGACUUGGACGCUGAUCUAUAUGGAGAUAUUGUGAUCGGGUUACUGUGA